AAGGGUUUCUCCUCCGUUUCAACAACACUCUUCUGUUCCUCGCAUUUUAGCAUUCCGGUUGUUAAUUACUACCAAUCGAAAUUACGUUUUCUGAUAUCCACCGAGUCCGGAAACACUCACAAUCUACCAUAAGAAAACUAUUCAUCCUGCUUAUUUAAGAUUCGUUUGUCUACAAGUUACUAGUUAUCAUGUCCACUGAAAUAAAAGCUAGAGAAAUUUUUAAUCAGUUUGCAACAGCUGGUACAAAUGCUGAUGAAAAAAUUUUGACUUUACCUGACUUUGUCAACAUUUUAUCCCCAUUCCAAACCGAUGUUCCAAAGCAAACCUUUUCUUUGUUAUACUUGGUUGCAGACACUGAAAAGAAGGGUUAUUUGACUGAAAAUAAUUGGUUAGAUUUUAUCCAAACAAUCACUUCUACUGAUGGUGAUUUUAAGAUCUUGUACAAGUUCCUUUCGCAAUCUAGUGAUACAAAGUCAAAAAUCACCUAUAAUGAAUGUGUUGACAUUUUAAACAAAAUCAAUACCUCCAUAGAUCCAAAAUAUCAACAAAAAUUGAUGAAAAUGAACUGGUCAUAUUUUCCAAGGUUUUUCGAACCAAGCGGAUCUAUAGAGUACAACGACUUUGUUACUUUAAUUAGUUUCUUGCCAGUGACAAAAUUGAUUGGUAACUUUGAGGUUAUUGCCUCAAAGAAAAAGACCAUUACUGGUGACCAAUUAAUUGAUUUGUUAACAACCACUUUAAAUCAUAAAAUUUCAAAUAAAUUAAAGGCUAAUUUGAGUCAUGUGACUGAAUUUUUUGGUAACAAGAAGGAAUUCACUUUGGCCAAUUUGUUGUUUAUUUACGAUAGUAUUACCAAAGUUGACUUGAUUAAUGAAGUUAUUGUUAAUACUCCACCAACCACUCAAGAUAAGGAUGAUAUUCAUAUCAACAAAAAAGAUUUGUACGCCCAUUUGAACGACCCAUUAUUAAAAUCUUCUAAUUUCAAACCUAUUUCUACCCGAGAAAUCGAUUUAUUGUUUUAUUUAAUUAAUAAGGAAAAUGAUGACAAUAUUUCUCGUAAGGAAAUGGUCUCAUUCUUAAACCCAAAUGUUAACAACAACUUGGCUUCAUUACCAAAGAUUUUUGAACAUCCACAAUCUCGUCAUUCAAUUCGUGAGACUGAUAAUUUUUCAUUAUGGCCAAUUUAUGAUUCCUUGUAUUCAUUCUUUUUAGGAUCAAUCGCAGGGUGUAUUGGUGCAACUGUGGUUUAUCCUAUUGAUUUGGUUAAAACAAGAAUGCAAGCUCAAAAGCACAAAGCAUUAUAUGACAAUUCUAUCGAUUGUUUCAAGAAAAUUAUUAAAAAUGAAGGGUUUAGAGGUUUGUACUCGGGUUUAGGUGCUCAAUUAGUUGGUGUUGCUCCUGAAAAGGCUAUCAAGUUAACUGUUAAUGAUUUGGUUCGUAAAAUUGGUACUAAGGAAGAUGGUUCUAUUGAAAUGAAGUGGGAAAUUUUGGCUGGUAUGUCUGCUGGUGCUUGUCAAGUUAUUUUCACCAAUCCUUUGGAAAUUGUCAAGAUCAGAUUGCAAAUGCAAGGUAAUACAAAGAUUUUAACUCAUCCAGGAGAAAUUCCUCACAAGCAUUUAAAUGCUUCCCAAAUCGUUAGACAAUUGGGUUUGAAAGGGUUGUAUAAAGGGGCCAGUGCAUGUUUGUUGAGAGAUGUUCCCUUCUCGGCUAUUUAUUUCCCAGUUUAUGCUAAUUUAAAGAAGCAUUUGUUUGGAUUUGACCCACAAGAUUCUACCAAGAAGAAAAAACUUUCCAGUUGGCAAUUAUUAAUUGCUGGUGCCAUGGCUGGUGCACCAUCUGCAUUCUUCACUACCCCGGCUGAUGUUAUUAAGACAAGAUUACAAGUUGCUGCAAAAUCAACUGAUGUUAAAUAUAGAGGUAUUUUAGAUUGUGGUGCUACAAUCUUGAAGGAAGAAGGUUUCAGUGCUUUCUUUAAAGGUUCUUUGGCUCGUGUUUUCAGAUCAUCCCCACAAUUUGGUUUCACCUUAGCUUCUUAUGAAUUAUUACAAAGCUUAUUCCCAUUAACUCCUCCAGUUACUAGAACUUCUAACUUCAAGGCGAUUAGUGGAUAUCCUGGUGUUUACAACUUAACCAAUGAUCAAGUUUAUAAUUCCCAAGAGAAGAACGAUAGAAUAAUCUAUAUGAACAAAUCUGAAAUUUGUCCAAACACACAAAAUGAUGCAUUAGUUAAGUUGCCUGCUGAAUAUGUUUACAAGGCACGUGAUACUAUAAAAUUAUUGUUGGAUAUGGAUCAUAAGUUUGGUAAUUUCAGUUACGAUUCUUACUUAAAUUAUAUCCAAAAGAAAUAAUAGAGAAAAUUAUUAUGUAAUGACUUUUUUAUCCUAGAUUUUUGUAUAUGCUAUUAAUAAAAUUAUAGAUUCAUUUAGUAUUUAUUGACUCAUGUAAACUGUGAAGAAAUGUGUAGAACAAAAGCAGGGACUUUGAUGAAUAGGUAAGGGGCAUUGGAGGGGCGUGCCCUUGCUGUAAAGCAAGGAUAC